UCCUGGCAGGAGGGAUAUAAAAGCCCACCAGGCUAGGGCACCUUCACACGCAGCCCCACAGCUUCACUCACACUCACACCCACACCCACAUCCCCACACACACCCACAGGUACAGACACCAGCCCCAACCCGGUGAGGCUCCAGCACCUCCCUGCAUCAGGCACUCGGCCCCUCGCCGACACCCGUUUCCCAGUCUUUGCUGCCCAAGGCACCCCAUCCAGCUGCUCCCACCAUGGCAGACACCUGUUUUUCCGGGCCUUGUGUUCCCACGGCCUCGGCCGUCUCGGUCUGCUCCAGUGACGUGAGCUGCGGCAGCAACAGAGUCUGCUUGCCCAGUUCUUGCACCGGCUCUUCCUGGCAGCUGGACGACUGCCCAGAGAGUUGUUGUGAACCCAGCUGCUGCGGCCCCAGCUGCUGCGCCCCUCCUGCUGCCCAGCCGUGCUGCACGCCGGCCUCCUGCCUGACCCUCGUGUGCCGGCCGGUCUGCUGCAUGCCCGCCACCUGCCAGGCGGCGUGUGAACCCGGCCCCUGCCAGGCUGUCUGCACCUCCUGCUGCUCGCCCUCCUGCUGCCAGCAGUCUUGCUGCCAGCCCACUGGCUGCGGGUCUUCCUGUGGCCAGCAGUCCUGCUGCCCAGACCCUUGCUGCGCUGCCUCUCCCUGCACGGUGCAGUCCUGCUGCUGCGUCCCCAUGUGCUGCAAGCCCAGCUGCUGCAUCGCCCUGCCCGUGUGCUGCAAGCCCAGCUGCUGUGUGACCACAGCCUGCUGCCCCGCCUCCUGCUGCUGCCAGCCCAGCUGCUGCCGCCCGGCCUCCUGCGUGUCCCUCGUCUGCCGGCCCGUGUGCAGUUCGGCCUCCUGCUGUGUGCCUGUCUCCUGCAAACCCUCUUGCUGCGCCCCCACGUCCUCCUGCUCUUGCUGCUGCGCACCCUCCUGCUGUCCAGCCCCCACCUGCUGCCCCGCCUCCUGCGUGUCCCUCGUCUGCCGGCCCGUGUGCAGCCCGGCCUCCUGCUGUGUGCCUGUCUCCUGCAAACCCUCUUGCUGCGCCCCCACGUCCUCCUGCUCUUGCUGCUGCGCACCUUCCUGCUGUCCAGCCACCACCUGCUGCCGCCCCGCCUCCUGCGUGUCCCUCGUCUGCCGGCCCACCUGCUGCAAGCCCGCCUGCUGCGCUCCCAGCUGCGGCCAGAAGUCUUGCUGCUGACCACAGGCUGCUGCUCUCUGUCCCCCUGGCUGACGCCCUCUGUCUCUCCCCCGCCCCGGGAGCCACUUCUGCUGGUCUCCUGGAUCCCUCCCCGGGCAUCGGCCUCAGUAACUGACCGGCCACCGCCCGCCACCCUGCCUUGCAGAGACCUCAGAGAUGCCAAGGUGCAGCAAACAGCUCCGCCAUCCGAACCCCUGUGGGUCUCUUCCAAACCAUGGCUGCCCCAGCCUCGGCCCCUGCUUGGCGUGCACCCGGGCCCACUGCUUGCAGCCCCUGGGCAGGCUCUCUCUAAUGUCAGCGUGCAUGGGGAUGGCCUUGGUCAUGGCCAGCCCUACUAAUAAACAGCAUCAACUCACUUUUCUGGCCUCUCACUC